UUCUUCUCAACCCAAAACCCAUUUAACUCUUCUCUUCCAAAACGCCUUUUGGGUUCCUUUUCCUAUAUCCUCGCCGAACCUCACAUCUCUCCCCUAUUCUCAGGACUAAAAAUCAAUCACCAUGGAUAGAGCUCCGAGGAUUCUCUUGCUAUUCACCGUAAUAUCCAGUCUUUGUUUUGUCCCAUAUUCCUCAGCUCAAACCUGCAAGAGCCAAUCGUUGACGAGCAACCUCCAGUUCAGAAGCUGCAACGACCUGCCGGUGCUGAACUCGUUCCUCCACUGGACGUACGAUACGUCGUCAGGGAAGCUCCAGAUGGCGUACCGGCACACGGGGGUGUCGGCGUCGACGUGGGUGUCGUGGGCCAUUAACCCCGACGGAAUCUCCUCCGCCAUGAUCGGCGCCCAGGCGCUGGUGGCCGUCCCGCAGUCGGGAAGCGGAGGAGGGAUGAGAGUGUACAAGUCAAAGAUCGACAGCUACUCGACGACGCUGCCGGAGGGGGACCUUAAGUACAACGUGACGGAGCUGUCGGUGACGUACGAGAACGAGGAGGUGACGAUAUACGCCACGUGGACGCUGCCGAACAACAUGACGACAAUCAACCAGGUUUGGCAGGCGGGUCCCGCCUCGGGAAGCUCGCCGCAGCGGCACAGCACCACCAACUCUGAUAACCUGAAUUCCAAGGGGACUCUUGAUCUGCUCUCCGGUACGUCCCAGUCCACUGGUGGUGGGAAUUCCAGACUUAGAAGGCGAAACGUCCACGGAGUACUAAACGCAGUGAGUUGGGGUAUAUUGAUGCCAAUGGGAGCUAUAAUAGCAAGGUACUUGAAGGUCUUCAAAUCAGCAGACCCUGCGUGGUUCUAUCUUCAUGUCACUUGCCAAACCUCCGCUUACAUUGUCGGAGUCGCCGGUUGGGGAACCGGUCUCAAACUCGGCAGUGACUCGAAAGGCGUCACACAAAACCCCCAUAGAAACAUUGGAAUCGCCCUUUUCUGCCUAGGAACUCUUCAGGUUUUUGCUCUGCUUCUGAGGCCGAAGAAGGACCACAAAUACAGACUCUACUGGAACAUCUAUCACCACUCGAUCGGAUACGCGGUCAUAAUCCUCAGCGUCAUCAACAUAUACGAAGGAUUCGACAUUCUAGAGCCGGAAGAAAUUUGGAAGAGAGCUUACACUGGCGUGAUCAUCGCUUUGGGCGCUGUUGCCGUAUUGUUGGAGGCUUAUACAUGGUUCUUUGUUCUCACGAGGAAGAGUUCGGAGAGUAAGGAUACUUACGGCGUGAAUGGAGCAGCCACAAAUGGGGUUAAUGGGAAUGGUUCUAGGCCACACCAUGAGGUAUAGAGUGUGUUUUCCUUGAUGGAUUAGAGGGUUAGGAAGAUAUGGUUCUUUUGUGAAUUCUUCUUCCUCCUCUUUAAUGUUUAUUGUAUGUUCUUCCCAAGCUUUUGUAUAUUCAGUGAAGGAGUUGUUACGUCAGGGAGGUACUGGUUUCUGCUUCGGAGGUUAAUUCUUUGAUUAGAGUAGUUUUUGGAGUUUUACAUGCUUUUGAGAGUUUUUUUUUUCCUUUUUUUUUUUACCCUACUUCUCGUGCUAUUUGAGAGGGUAUAUAUACGUGACUACAUAUUUAUAUUUGUUAUUACACUAGAAUAUAUAUGUUUUCUCUAUCUGUAUUCGAUUACUUUUCAUCUCAUUUCUUUGUUUUCAAA